CGUUUGGCCUGCAGAGCAAUCUUAAUUUGUUUUUGUGUUUUCAACAGUGCAUAAAUUGCGAUUGUAAAAACAAGUGCCAGCAUUUAAAAGCGAGCUUCCACUGUUAACAAACAAGGCGUCGACUGUUGAGCUGUCAAAAUGGGUUCACUAUUCCGCAGCGAGGAGAUGGCGCUCUGUCAGCUCUUCCUACAGAGCGAGGCGGCCUAUGCAUGUGUCUCCGAGCUCGGCGAACUGGGAUUGGUCCAGUUCCGUGAUCUCAAUCCGGAUGUGAAUGCCUUUCAACGGAAAUUCGUUAACGAGGUGCGACGUUGUGAUGAAAUGGAACGAAAAUUGCGCUACCUGGAGAAGGAGAUUAAAAAGGAUGGCAUUCCCAUGCUGGAUACGGGCGAGAGCCCUGAAGCACCGCAACCCAGAGAGAUGAUUGACUUGGAAGCCACCUUUGAGAAACUUGAGAACGAGCUGAGGGAAGUCAAUCAGAAUGCGGAGGCAUUGAAACGCAACUACCUGGAGUUGACGGAGCUGAAGCAUAUACUGCGCAAGACGCAAGUCUUCUUUGACGAGUCAGUGCCAAUGGUCUAUAAAUCGUCCACGUCCCAUUCAUCAAACAAAUAUCGACGCUAUCUGCAGAUGGCCGACAACCAGAACGAGGAUGAGCAAGCGCAGCUGUUGGGCGAGGAGGGCGUUCGCGCCAAUCAGCCGGGCCAAAAUUUGAAGCUUGGCUUCGUCGCUGGCGUCAUUUCGCGAGAGAAGCUGCCGGCCUUUGAGCGGAUGCUGUGGCGUGCCUGUCGUGGCAAUGUGUUCCUGCGCCAGGCCAUGAUCGAGUCACCGCUGGAGGAUCCCACCAAUGGCGAUCAGGUGUACAAAUCGGUGUUUAUCAUUUUCUUUCAAGGCGAUCAGCUGAAGACGCGCGUUAAGAAAAUCUGCGAGGGCUUCCGUGCCACACUCUAUCCUUGCCCGGAGGCGCCAGCGGAUCGACGUGAAAUGGCCAUGGGCGUUAUGACCCGCAUUGAGGAUCUGAAUACUGUGUUGGGACAGACGCAGGAUCAUCGUCAUCGUGUGCUGGUUGCCGCUGCCAAGAAUCUGAAGAAUUGGUUCGUCAAGGUGCGCAAGAUCAAGGCCAUCUAUCAUACGCUGAAUCUGUUCAAUUUGGAUGUGACACAGAAGUGUCUAAUUGCCGAGUGCUGGGUGCCAUUGCUGGACUUUGAGACCAUUCAGUUGGCUCUGCGACGUGGCACCGAACGUUCCGGUUCGUCGGUGCCGCCGAUUCUCAAUCGUAUGCAAACAUUUGAGAAUCCUCCAACUUAUAAUCGCACCAAUAAGUUUACCAAGGCCUUUCAGGCUUUGAUUGAUGCUUAUGGUGUCGCUAGCUAUCGCGAAAUGAAUCCAGCUCCGUAUACAAUCAUCACGUUCCCAUUUCUGUUUGCGGUCAUGUUUGGCGAUAUUGGCCACGGUGCCAUAAUGGCGCUCUUUGGUCUCUGGAUGAUACGCAAGGAGAAGGGUUUGGCUGCACAGAAGACGGACAAUGAGAUUUGGAACAUUUUCUUUGGUGGACGCUACAUUAUCUUCCUCAUGGGCGUUUUCUCAAUGUACACGGGCUUGAUCUACAAUGACAUAUUCUCCAAGUCACUCAACAUCUUUGGCUCCCAUUGGCAUCUGUCGUAUAACAAGUCGACGGUUUUUAAUAACAAGUAUUUACAGUUGAGUCCGGCUACAAGUGACUAUGAAGGCACACCAUAUCCAUUUGGCAUGGAUCCCAUUUGGCAGGUGGCAACCUCCAAUAAGAUUGUCUUUCAAAAUGCCUACAAGAUGAAGAUCUCCAUCAUUUUCGGUGUGCUGCACAUGAUCUUUGGCGUUAUCAUGAGCUGGCACAAUCAUACCUAUUUCCGGAACCGACUUUCCCUGAUCUAUGAGUUUAUUCCACAGCUUGUCUUUCUCCUGCUGCUUUUCUUUUACAUGGUCCUACUGAUGUUUAUCAAGUGGAAUCGUUAUGCGGCAACUAAUGCUUUGCCCUUUACGGAGUCCUGUGCACCGUCUAUUCUCAUAACAUUCAUUGAUAUGGUCCUGUUUAAUAAACCCAAGACACCUCCCAAAGAUUGUGAAACAGUGUACAUGUUUUGGGGACAGCACUUUAUACAGAUUGUCUUUGUCCUCAUCGCCCUUGGCUGUAUUCCGGUUAUGCUGCUUGGCAAACCCAUGAAGAUCAUGCAGGCCCGCAAGUUGGCCAACGAAGAGGUGCAGCCCAUAACUGGCACCGAUGCCGAAGUGGGCGGCAUGUCGAAUGGAGGCGCCGGCGGCGGUGGUGGUGGACACCAUGACGAGGAGGAGAUGUCGGAGAUAUUCAUACAUCAAGGCAUCCACACCAUUGAAUAUGUGCUCGGUUCCGUUUCCCAUACUGCAUCCUAUUUGCGUCUAUGGGCUUUAUCUCUUGCCCACGCCCAGCUUGCCGAGGUCUUGUGGACAAUGGUCUUGUCAAUUGGUCUUCGAAAGGAGGACUGGACGGGCGGCAUCUUUUUGACAGUCGUGUUUGCUUUCUGGGCCAUUCUGACCGUAGGCAUUUUGGUUUUGAUGGAAGGUCUUUCUGCAUUCUUGCACACGCUGCGUUUGCAUUGGGUGGAAUUCCAGAGCAAGUUCUAUUUGGGACAAGGUUACGCCUUUCAGCCGUUCUCCUUUGAUAGCAUCAUUGAAAAUGGUGGUGCUUCCUCCGGCGAUGCCGAUUAGACAGUUGACAGGAGUUAAAAAGCAACCAAAGCAUGUCAAGAGUCUCAUCGCUUAUGCAGAUCUAUAUUAUAAAACUAUAUAAAAACAUAUAUACCAAUUGUAAUGAAUUUAAAUAUGCUUAGUAAUUGUUCUAUAAAUGUUUAAUAAUCGUGAAUUUAUGUAUCGUAUAGCCAGCCGCAUCAUAUUGCCUAAUCUUCUUAUUAUGUAAUCGUUCAUCGUGUUUAAUCAGAAAUAAAUAUAUACAUAGCUUAAGCGCCCUCUCCAGGCGUCUGGGCUAAAACCAA